AUGGCUGCCGCUUUCGAUGAGGAAGAUCUAUCGAUCCCCUUAGCUCCUUCCGAUCGUGAACCUGAACAACCUCGUGACCGUACCAGUAGGACGGUCAGCUCCAACCCCGCCGCCAUGGCAAUGCCGCCGCCGUCGCGCCCGACCCCGACCGCUAGAGCGGAGGCCACCCAGUCCCCCGCGACCACGAGAGACAUGCAACGCCUCGAUCAGUACCAAACGGUCAAGAUUCUAGGUGAAGGAUCGUUUGGAAAGGUGAAGCUGGCUAUUCACCAGCCAAGUGGCCGGCAGGUUGCUCUCAAAAUCAUCUCCCGCCGCAAGCUCCUCUCCCGGGAUAUGGUCGGUCGUGUGGAACGAGAGAUUCAAUAUCUUCAAUUGCUCCGACACCCUCAUAUUAUCAAAUUGUACACCGUUAUCGCCACCAAGACCGAUAUUGUUAUGGUCCUCGAAUACGCCGAGCGAGAAUUGUUUGACUACCUGGUCCGAAAGGGCAAAUGCAACGAUGAUGAAGCCCGGAAAUUCUUCCAGCAGAUUAUCUGUGCCGUCGAAUAUUGUCACCGACACAAGAUUGUCCACCGUGACCUAAAGCCCGAGAACUUACUCAUCGACAGCCAGAAGAACGUCAAAAUUGCCGAUUUUGGUUUGAGUAACAUCAUGACGGAUGGAAAUUUCUUGAAGACUAGUUGUGGUAGCCCGAACUAUGCUGCCCCGGAGGUCAUUUCUGGCAAGCUUUAUGCAGGUCCCGAGGUAGAUGUCUGGAGUUGCGGUGUGAUUCUCUAUGUGUUGCUGGUGGGCCGAUUGCCCUUUGAUGAUGACUAUAUCCCUGCUCUCUUCAAGAAGAUUGCAGCGGGCAACUUCCACGUUCCUAGUUACAUCUCUCCUGGAGCUGCCCGGCUAAUCCGGGCCAUGCUUCAGGUCCACCCGGUUCACAGAAUCACCAUUCCCGAAAUCCGGGACGAUCCGUGGUUUAGCAAGAACAUUCCCAAAUAUCUGGAACCUCCAGCCGAGGAAUAUAUCGCACCUGGCGCCGAUUCCGGCAAGGCUGCUGAUGCCAAGAAAGUUGCUCCUGGAAAGCCGCUUCCUGUGCAACACAAAGUUCACCAAAUUGCUGUGUCGAAGCUUGAGAGGAGCAUGGGAUAUGGCCGUGAGGAUAUUGAAGAUGCACUUAGACAUCCAGAACCCAGUGCAAUUAAAGAUGCAUUCUCGAUCGUCGUUGAAAAUGAGAUGAUGCAAACAAACUCGCCCACGGAAGAUAAUUUAAUGGCCUCUAAUGUACCCCCGCAACCUAAGGGAACCGUUCAACCGGCAGUGGAUCGAGCGGCUGCUGCUACCAAAGCUCAAGCGCCACCUGCCCCGGUCGUCGCUCGGAAACAGAGCGUUUCGCGUCGAACACGAACGGAAGAGUCCCAGCAGGUGGACUCCGAAUCUGGUGAAGAACCUCGUCCCAGCCACGUUCGUAUCUUGCCAACUAGUCUUCCAUAUGUUCACGAUCAGCUCAUGGAGCAGCGGGACCGAGAGCAAAGGGCCCGCGUUGAUGAAGUGCGGCGGAAAGAAGCUGCUCGAAACGAGGCGGAGGGGCACGGGUUUGAUCAUGGAGAGCUAACCCCCGAAGAGCAAGCUGCGACAGUUCGAGCUUUGAAGCCCCAUGCUCGCAGUAUAAUUGACCUUGAUAAAUUGCGCCUGGAGCCACCAAUGGGUCAUCCCAUCGCACAACAGGCUCCCAAGAGAUCACGGAAAUGGCAGUUCGGUAUCCGAUCGCGGAAUCAACCAUACGAGGCCAUGCUGUAUCUUUACCGGGCAAUCGCUGCUCAAGGUGGUGUAUGGGAUGUCCAGCCCGUUGAGUCAGGUACUCAAAUUGGACCGGAAGCAACUUCUUCCCCAGAUAAACCCAAGCCACUCCAGAACAAAUAUCCUGAUCUCCCAUCGGACUACUAUAUCCCAAAGGACCCUUGGUUCAUUCGUGCACGCCUUUUGAAAGAGGGGGUCAAGGCCCCUGGAGCAUCGACCAGUGUCUUUAAUAGCCGCAGUGAUCUCGGCGAACUGCGUCGGCGGUUCCACAUAUCGGGUAUCUCUACUCCGUUCGAGGACAAGGAGGCGAAGCCUUCCACUUUAGACAAGGAUAACAGUGCUCCCUCUGCACCCUCAUCCGCUACACAACAGAGCGGUCCUCCGAGUAUCUCCCACGGCGUUUGGGUCUUCGUCGAUAUUCAGCUGUAUCAGUUGGAGGAAAACAAUUACAUGGUCGAUUUCAAAUGUGACGGCUACCAGAAUGUCAUCCGUGCCCAGGGUGAUACAGAAUGGACCCCCAUAAGCAAGCGUCUCAAGAACAAGGAGAAAGAGGUGACCAGCCCAUACCCUUUCCUAGAUGUGGCAUCCGACCUUGUGGCUCAGCUGGCUGUUGCCAGUUAA